UACUUGCUGCUAAGUUAGAUUUAUGUUUUUGUUUUGAACACCAGCUACUCAGAAGACUGUCGAUGGGCCAUCAGCCAAAGACUGGAGAGGUGGAAGGGCUGCUUCAUUUAACAUCAUUCCUAGCAGCACCGGAGCUGCCAAGGCUGUUGGGAAAGUCCUCCCAUCUUUGAAUGGAAAAUUGACUGGAAUGGCAUUCCGUGUUCCUACUGUCGAUGUCUCUGUUGUUGACCUCACAGUGAGGUUGGAGAAGCCAGCUUCAUAUGAAGAUAUUAAAAAUGCUAUCAAGGAGGAGUCAGAGGGCAAGUUGAAGGGAAUUCUUGGUUACACCGAAGAUGAUGUGGUCUCCACCGACUUUGUGGGUGAUAGCAGAUCAAGCAUUUUUGAUGCAAAGGCUGGAAUUGCAUUGAGUAAGAAUUUUGUGAAGCUUGUGUCGUGGUACGACAAUGAGUGGGGAUACAGCUCCCGCGUGAUUGACCUGCUUGUUCACGUUGCCAAGAAGUCUGCAUAAAUAGUACCUUAUUAUGUUUAGUGUCUUGCUCGUGAAAAAAAUGAGUCUGAAUAAAUCUGUUUUCCCGAACCAGUGCACUGUUAGGAGCAUUAAGCUGCUCUUCUCUCUUUUCUAGCUUUUUGGCGUGGCAUCUUUUGUGGAGGGGAUGGAGUUUUUGUACUUUUAUAUACUUGCUGAUGUUGUACUCGGCUUUAUUGAUUCUAAUAUUAGACACUUGCCCUCCUUUAUUCAAC